AUGGUGGGAGGCCAUCGUUGGCGCAUCGAGUACUAUCCUAAUGGCGACCGCCCAGAGUGCACCGACUCCAUAUCUCUCUUUUUGCGCCUAGUUGACAGAAGUGUAACAGGGACUUUGAAGGUGAAGUUCGAUUUUAGUUUUGUCAACCAGCAUGAGAAGCAAGAUUCGUCAUAUAUUCUUGCAGUCAAGCCAGACGACUUCUCCAGCCCAAGCACAUCUUGGGGUUACAACAAUUUCAUAAAAAGACAAGAUCUUGAGAAAUCAAAUAAUCUAAAUGAUGAUUGUUUCACCAUCCGAUGUGAUAUUGCGAUUGCCACCACCGUUGAUCUCUUUAUUAUGGUACCACCUUCAGGAAUACAUGAGCAUAUCAGCAACCUCCUUCUGUCCAAGGAGGGCACCGAUGUGACAUUCAAGGUUGGCGAGGAAGAGUUUGCUGCCCAUAGGUGCGUGCUCGCGGCUCGGUCUGCGGUGUUCAAGGCAGAGCUCUUUGGCCCCAUGAAGGAGGGCAAAAUGGCAAGCGUCAUACAGAUCGAAGAUAUGGAAUCAAAAGUUUUCAGGGCCUUGCUUGGCUUUAUUUACACUGACUCACUGCCCGAAAUGGAGAUGAACACAAUAGAUGAAGGAAAAGCCCAAGAAACAUUGUGGCUGCAACAUUUGCUUGCAGCGGCGGAUAGAUAUGAUCUCCAAAGGCUGAAAGCACUAUGUGAAGAGAGGUUGUGUGAACAAAUAAAUGUGAGCUCUGUGACAACUAUUCUUACUCAAGCCGAGCAGCUCAAUUGUUGUGGAUUGAAAGGGGUAUGCUUUGAGUUUCUCAAAACUACCACUAAUUUGAAAGAGAUAAUAGCCGUGGACGGAUUGGACGACAUAACUAGAACCUGCCCCUCUCUUCUAAAAGAGCUCAUUGCCAAGCUUGUUUCCUAA